CGGGCGGGCGGGCGGCUGCGGGAGGGGGAGGAGCCGCCGCCACCGCCCCUGCCCCGGGCCGGCCCCGGGGCUGGCCUUGGCCGCGGCAGCCGGGCCCUGACGCCUCGCUCAGACUGAAGGCAGCAGUAAUGCUAACUCUGGCAAGCAAGCUGAAGCGGGAUGAUGGUGUCAGAGGACCCCGUACGUCCAGUCCAGCUUCUGACUCGACUCGGAGGGUGUCUGUUCGAGACAAAUUGCUUGUUAAAGAGGUUGCAGAACUUGAAGCUAAUUUACCUUGUACAUGUAAAGUGAAUUUUCCUGACCCAAACAAGCUUCAUUACUUUCAGCUAACUGUAAUCCCAGAUGAGGGCUAUUACCAAGGUGGAAAGUUUCAAUUUGAAAUUGAAGUUCCUGAUGCCUACAAUAUGGUGCCUCCAAAAGUAAAAUGCUUGACAAGAAUCUGGCAUCCGAACAUUACAGAGAUGGGAGAAAUCUGCUUAAGUUUAUUGAGAGAACAUUCAAUUGAUGGCACUGGCUGGGCUCCAACUAGAACAUUAAAGGUGUUUGAAGGAGUGAGCAACAUGUCUGUACUUAAAUACCGUGUAAGUGGGGCAGUCUUAGCUGUCCUAAUAACUCCGGGAGGGAACUAACUGCCACCAUGAUCGCAGAAUAGCUUCAGAGGUUGCUCCCCUAACAGCUGGGCAGAGCUAACAAGUUCAGAGCCAUAGCUCCUAUAUGAAAUACUUUUGGGGUGGUCACAAAGGACAUCUGCUUCACUGCAGUGACUGCUCUUGUCUGGAGAUAGAAGGCAGUUUGUUUCCAUUUGCUGCUAUAUGAUCUUGCUGUCAGAAGAGUCUUGCAGAGCAUUGAGCAAUAAUUUCUGUAGCUCUUAGCAGGAAACCCAACAGAAUUGGUUCUUAAGGAGCACUAGUAAGGUUGAUGAAGGGUACACAUCAGGUAUUUUUCUUUUUAAAAGGCAAAUUCGAAAAUAAUUUUAUCGAAUACUUAAUCUCCUUUUUGGAGCUAUGCAACUUCUUUGUCUCUAAAAAUCUCUUCAUGAGCGAUCUGAUUUCUUGUAAAAGUGAAGUAGAAUCAGUGUGUGUUCUUUUGUGUUUUUUCUCUUUGCUUAUUUUUCAUCAGUAAAUAUGAUGUUUUAUUAGCUUAAAUCAAGACAUGGGGUAAUUAAA